AUGGCGGGCCAAAAUCAAGAUAUAAAUCUUUCUACUGUUGAUGGCUCUCAAAAAAAUGAUCAACCUCAAAAUACACAAAUGUAUCCUCCUCAAAGUGCUCAGGACACACAGCAGCAUCCUCCUCAUGAGCCUCAAGAUGCACAUUUGUAUCCUCCUCAUAAUGUUUGGGAGAAUCCACCUCAAUUAUCUUAUAAUCAGCCAUAUGAGCAAUAUAAUCCACAAUAUCAACAACCUCAACAACAAUUAAACGUUUAUGAUAAUAAUCCAUUUUAUGGUCAUUCACAGAUGCCAAGUGGUAGUAAUGGUGGUAGUGGUAUUGCGAAUACCUAUGAUCCAAAUUAUAAUCAAGGUGCAAAUGCAUAUAAUCCUAACUACAAUCCAUUUCAAAAUCAAAAUUUUAACACUUACGAUUCAACAAAUCCAUAUGCAAAUGCUUACAGUAGUAGUACUGAUAUGAAUGCUUAUUCUACUGCUACUGAAACGAAUGCUUACAGUAGUCCUGGUGAUAAUGAGAAUAAAAAUAGUAGCACUACAACACACUCUGAAACUGUUGUUGAAAAAAAAGAAAAUUCUGAUGAUAAUAAUGUAUCAGUAGGUCUUGCUGCUGCUGUGAAUCCUGGGGUUGAGACAUCUGAUCCUUCAAAGAUGAACCCCACUGAAGAACCUAAAAAGAAACAUAUACCUAGUGGGAAAAGGUUCUUUUUCAGGUUAUUCAUUCUUUUGGCUAGUGCUGGCGCUCUUGGAUUUAUUAUUGGUGCUCCGUUGUACUCAAAACAAGAAAUGCCAAAAGAAUCAAACAAAUGGGCGAUUUAUUUCGUAUAUGUUGUAUCUGGACUUUCUAUAAUAGUUUCUUUAUAUUUCCUUGUACUUUAUUGUUUUCGUCGCUAUACUGAAGCUAGGAAGAUACCAAGAAUUCUAUUACAUCUGAUUGAUUUUGUGUUUGCUGCAAGCUUCGGUGUUUUGAUGGUUUUCAUGAUUAAGGAUUUCACAUGCCCUAUUGGUGGUCGUGGGGGAUG